AUGGCCAACUCGAUGACCAGACACGACAGCGGCAACAACGCCACCUGGACCAAGACCAUCGUCUCCAAGACGGACUACCGCGACAUCAUGUGGACCGACCUCCUCGAGAUCGCCGAAGACCACUGGAAGUGGGUCCAGGCCCAACCCGGCGCCUACACCCGCGGGGAGUCCUGCCUCGUCGCCGCCCUCUUCCUCCCCUCCACCAAAGGCGGCGUCAUCUUCUUGUCUACCAUCCCCCGGGGGAGCAAGCACACGGAGAUGAUGAACGGCGCCCGCGCCGCCCCCGCCUGGUUCCACGCCACUACGGGGGGCACCAACCGCAACACCAACCUGCAGCUCCAUGCCGAGGAUGGCGCCGAGUUCCUCUUCGAGACAUCACCGUACUCCAGGGGCAUCGUCAGCAGGAACCUCCAGUACGUCACCCCGGAUCGCGACAACGCGCACAGCCGCAUGAAGCUGGCCGUCUGGGGUCGCCAUAGGACCUCGCCUGCCCAAGGCGAGAGCAUCGCGCUGUGCACGGUUGGCGAGAAGCAGCCCAAGUGCCCGGCUGUGGCGCGGGCGCUGAAUAUUGCCUACUGCGACCGGUACAAGGUUCGGUUUGAGCAGCAGCACAGAUAA